AUGCUAAACGUCUAUCCAAAGAUCUUUUUUCUACUCUGUUCCCUGUUGAUUCAUGGCCUGAAGGCCGACUACUAUUGCAACGUAGGGUAUACAAUUGACACAGACGGGGACCCAGUGUGCGAGUCGAGAUACCCUAAUACACUGAGGUACAAAUGCCACAAGGACAGUUGUUACAGUGAAGUGUCAACAAAUAAACCAAUAUCCAUUACGAUGUACUCAUGCCAGCGCAUCAGAUCCAAUGGGUCAUUGGAUCCCGCCGUGACGAGUCAAGAUUGCACGACAUAUGAAUACGAUGCGUUUGCGAAGAAUUAUAAUUGUGAAACCAACGACAACGUUUCUUAUGCUUGCGCCGAAUCGCCUACUGACAUUGAGCCCAUAAAAUGCUCCAAUUGCUCUUAA